CCCUCUGUGAGGAUUGUGGUAAAGUUGUACGAUGAGCAGCAGUUGUACCGCUAUUCGUUAAUGACGUCAGUCUUCCGAACAUCGUUCUUCGGCACCACUUAUUCUUCUCUUCACUUGUUUCGCUCUCUUUCUUCUUCUUCAGACGUCCUCUCUCUCUCUCUCCACAAACAUACGCUCACUCGCCUUUUCAGACACAAACCGCUCGUCAUAAACUUUCCCACCAGUUUUUCUGCUUGUCUCUUUCUUUCUCUCUCUCUCUCUCUCUCCACUUCACAUAUACACCUCUAUCUUAUACAAACACACACUCGCCACACUCUCUCUCGCCCCCCCCCCAGUCUCACUUUAACACAAACAAUUAUGGAAGACGACGAAGAGGAAACUUUCAGUAUUGGACUUUCUGAUAUUGUCAUAAAUACACCGGGAGAUGAAACGGAAAAAAUCCCAUCGCUUACUGAACUUGAGCUGAAUGAAGCCUACCUGUAUUGCACCCGACCUGAAGUUGUUGCUUCUGACCCAGAAAUGAAUAUUAUCUAUGCUAAAACACUACCAGUUAGAAAACGACGUACAAGCUACAAUCCAAAUGCCAAAGCUAGGAGUUACAGCACCGCUGGAAAAAUAGAAGAUGUCACACUUGAGUCUCUGCUAACCCCCACCGAUACCAAUGAAACUAAAACCUUCAAACAGAGUACCAUUCGUUUUUUACCAAAGAAUAUGACAUUUAAAAAGAAACUUUGGCAAUAUAUUGAGGAGGAAAAGAAACUGUCUAAAUUUCAAUCUUGGAAAAAAGAAAGAAAACAGAAAUGGAAUCACUUCAAAGCAGAUGUACGAAACAGUAUGAAGUCAUGGGGCCUCUGGUCAAAUUCUAUUAAAGCCAUCAAAGGUGAAUAUGGUAAUGCAAUGGUGUCCUUUUUCCAUUUCCUGCGAUGGUUGGUCAUACUGAACUUCCUGCUGAUGCUCAUCAUGCUUUGUGUAACCACCUUUCCUUUUGUGUCCUCCUAUAAACACCUGGACUUUAGCUAUUACGUGGAACAUUCUGGUGAAAAAUGGAUUAAAAACAAUAAGUAUGUUCAAGAUGCUGAGUACUGUUCAAAGAAUUAUUCUGACUUCACAGAGGAUGAAUUAAAGAAGAGGAAGGCACAUGAACACAUCAAGGAUGCCCUUCAAGGAACUGGUUUCAUGGAGAACACAGUAUUGUUCUAUGGCAGUUACCACAAUAUCACUGUAUCAGGCAACAAUUACAACAUGUCCCUGGCUUAUAUACUGGCUACUCUGGCAUUCUUUUUUGUCAGUUUUAUUGCCAUAAUUGUCAGCAUUGCCAAAGGAAUCAAAGAGAGUUUGGUCAAUGAACUCAGUACUGGUGUACCAUUCUCCCAGAAAGUGUUUGCAUCCUGGGACUUCUGUAUGAAGAAUGACAAAAUAGUCCGCUGGAAAAAAACCUGUCUUCUUCACGAGUUACGGGCUGAUCUAGCUACUCAAAGAGAAUUAUGGGAAAAAUCCAACCGAACAUUUAGGACAAAAGUUAAGCUGUAUUCUACCAGACUCCUCUUAAACGUCAUCGUCCUGUGUAUUCUAUUUGGCAGUUUAGCUUUGAUAUACUAUAGCAGUGACUUCCUCAUCUCACUUCAGAAAGAUUCUUUUGCAAACACUUUCAUAGAGUUGCUGGUUCAAUUCUUACCAUCUUUGAUAAUCAGCGUACUCAAUGUUCUCGUCCCAAUAAUCUUCAAUGUUAUAAUUCGAUAUGAAGGUUAUACAUCAUCAUUUGAGGUGAAGCUGAAGCUACUAAGAAUUGUGCUUCUACGUCUUGCGUCUGUGGCUGUUUUGUUGUUUUCCUUGUAUGACAAGUUGAUUCGAAACUCUGGUCAAAGUAUUUGCAAUUUUAAGAACCAGGAAGAAAUUAAGUGCUGGGAAACUUAUGUAGGACAACAAUUUUAUAAAUUAAUUAUUUUAGAUUUUGCUAUUGUUGUUUUCGUCAACAUGGUCAUCCAUACCUUGCGCAGACUGGUCUAUAAUUAUUUCCACAAAGGAGAGGAUCAGUUAGAUUCUAGCAUGGAAGAAAGAGAGGUUGCAGAAGAUGUCGACAGCAAUGCUUGCAAGAAAGGUUUAUCGCGUGUUAUUAAAUUUGUUGGACCUCAAGAAUUUGAACUUCCUCAGAAUGUUCUGGAUAUUGUCUAUCUUCAGUCUCUCUGUUGGCUUGGUACCUUUUUCAGCCCAUUGAGUCCUGCUAUAAUCACUGUGCAGCUUUUCAUAAUUUUCUAUGUAAAAAGGUUUACUCUGACAUUUAACUGUGUUCAAGCUCUCCGACCAUUCCGCUCAUCAAAGUCCAAUUCCCUGUUCAUGUUUGCUGUACUGCUUUCCUUUACUUUCUGUAUAUUACCAAUCAGUUUUGUAAUUGGCUCGAUUGAACCUUCAAAAAGUUGCGGUCCAUUUCGCGUGUACAGUGAGAUCGAUUUUUCCAUGUUCACUACACUCUCCAACCUAAUUAACAGCUGGCCAGAUAUAAUUGCUAAAAUUCUGAACCUCGUAUUCACCCCAGCCAUCAUGGUUCCACUGAUAGUCAUCAUAUGUUUCUUCAUCUACUAUAAUUUCAUCGUCGUAAAGGGCUGCAUAAGAAUGGAGGAUCUCCUGAGAGAACAGCUAGUUUUGGAUGGCAAAGAUAAACGUUUCCUCCUGAACAAGUUGAAGAAAUACAAAACUAUCUCAAAACUUUAACUUCAAGGAAUAUCUGUUGUAACUCUUUCUCCUUCCUUAACUGCCUCAGCACUUCCUUCUCUCUCUCUCUCUCUCUCUCUCUCUCUCUUCUCUGUCUAUCCAUCUAUCUUCCCUCUUCACUGCCACUCUCUCACCAAUUUUUUUGCUGUUCUUGUUUCUUUCCUUUUCUCCUGAUCCUCUGUGGAACUCUGAAAUAUUUUCUUGAAAUAAACAGAUUAUCAACAGAUUAUCCAGUUUUGUAAGAGUCUCAGAUAGGUUAAGACUGGUAGAUGGUUGCCUUUCAACCCGAUGGUCAGUAGUUCAUAUCCUGUCAAAUAACCAAUCUUUCAUUGACACAGUCCAUAUGGUUAUGAAGAAAAUUCUGGGACCAUUAUGUAAAAUAUGAUAGCAUUGGUUUCAUACUCUCCUGGCACUGAAGCUUGAACUCUUCAAGGGAGCACUGCUAGGAAUAACCCCUUCUGAAAUCAACAAGGAUUAGACUUGGCCUUAUGUAUUGUCUCCACAUGAUAUAAAACAUAUAUAAUGAUUGCUUGGUCCUCCUUCACUGAUGUAGACUUUCUGAAUCUCUUCCCAAUGCCAUACUCUCCUUUUGGAAUCAGUGAACUAAUAAAAUCCUUGAUUCAACAA